AUGAGGCGGCAAAACCGCUCGUGCGACCAGUGUCGAAAGGCCAAGCGCGCAUGUGAUUUGUAUUUACGCGAUCCUCAGCAUAACGUCAAGAGGCCAAAUCCUAGUGUUGGCCGCGUCGGUAAUGCCUCUCUCACGGAAAACUACCUAGAGAGCCUCACUGACGAUAAUGACACGCGCGUCUGGCCCUGCUCUUACUGCCGGCGUACUCAAAAGCAGUGUACCUUGAACUGGGUUCGAAGCCGGCUUCAACAUGACUCUGCCGGUAGAGUGUCCGGUGCAGCGAGCAGCGGUGAUGCGCACAGCAACGUGCAGCGCCAGUCCCUUCAUCCCCAACCGCGAAUCUCAAAUCCUCCGAUUGCACAUGGUGGCGACUUUGGCGCCACUGGCCCGAGUAAUAUUCCCUGGGCGCCAACAUCGACUCCCAGUCAGACUCCGCGAGGCCGCAUCGAGACGAACUUUGCAAACGGCCUCGCCUCUCCUACCUCGCCCACCUUCGCUUCCCCAUCCGCCAAUGUCACCACCUUUGAGCCGCCCAUGUAUCCGUAUUCUCAGCCUACCGAGAUUGGAACUUGUCUCAAUACUCAACCAAUUCCGUAUCAACCUCUCUUGACGGACUGUUCCUCAGUCACAGAUAUGACAACUCCGGACAUGUAUUCCCAACAUUCAUCGUCAGCUUCAGAGGAUGAGGACACGAAUGAGCUGUCAUCAUUCCAAGCUCAAUCACAUCGGACCACCGCUUUUCAACCGUUCACACCCGUCUCCAACUCGCACAAGAAGGAACCCCCUUCUGCGUCCCCAGUUGGUCUGGUCAGCACGGACACUGGUCUAAUUUCUCCCUUUUCUACGACUCACGCCAUGGUCAUGAAUGCCAACAAGAGGAUUAUUUCUAAUAAUCUCAUCUCUAUAUACCGCAAUGCCUUUGAACUCGCCUUAGCCUGCUGUCUGUCCCAAGAGGCAUGUCCAUACCAAUUCAACGCCAUUAGUCAACCGCCGACAAGUGGAAUCAGCUGGUUGUCGUCUCGUUUUGAGAAUGUUCGUCUUAUCAAUCAGUACGACCCGAAGAAACAGGCCAGCGGGGUCUAUUUCCGUGUGUUCAAACUCGAUAGAGUUGCCCGGGCAAACAAUCUCAUCAGGUUGACGGAAGCCGAAAACAGAGCCGCGUCUGAAGCACUUUACCUGGCGAUUAUGGCAUUUGCCAUUCAGUGGGCCCAAGGAAAUCAGCGUGGGCAUGAGAAGUAUCCACACACUUGGGAUUCUACCGACAACACGAAUCCAGAUCCUGUCGGUAAUCUGAGCGAUGAGUUUGAUCGUACGCUGCAGAAAACCCUCUGGUUUCAAGCCAAGCGAGCCCUUCAGGAUUGUGCGGACAUUGAGUGCUUCAGAGUCAUAUGCGCUGAGUGGAUAAUGACUCUUGCACAAAAGCCAAUGGAAGAUGUUGAUUUUGCAUUUGACAUUCCGGAGAGCACGUUUAGAUCAAAAACCCCAAUUGUUGGCAAAAUGGGCACCAUCACGUCACAGAUCAGCAACAUAAUGGAGGCAGAUGGACCACCGUGGUUCAUCGAACGAGCUGCUCGUAAAAUCCAUACCCUCAAGUUCCGAUACGAUGCUCACAAGGCGUCCGUGGUGGCCUCACUAAAAGGUGGUUCUCCAAGGCUGAUGAAAAUCGCCACCGUCGAGCGGAUUAGCAACGAAGAUAUGGGAACCUUCAAUCUCAUGUAUUGGAUGACCAUCAUGAUUGAUACAAUAUCGGCGGUCAUCAAUAACCGCCCAAUUGUCAUUUCGGAUGCGGAGUGUCACCACGAUUCAACAUACCUCGGUCAUCCCGAACUCGAGCAAUUCUCCAUCGACCACCGCCCCUAUGACCCUGAAUGGUGGGCUACAGUUUUUUCCCCAGCAUACGAUGACCGCCUCCUACGUUGGCCAUGCUUUUACGAAACUGCCAUCAAGGUUAUUGUGGCAGCAACGCCAGUGAAGGUAGUUCUCUUUCGACACGUUUCGCAUCUGCAAAAUUCAAUACGGAGUAAUUUUCACGGCGAGUCUAUUGAGAAUAUACUCUCGAAUGCUAUGGCUAUCUACAAGCACUGGAAUGUCACCUACAGUGCCUUCUUCCGGGAUAUGAUCGACCAAUACCAUACAGUCCCAAUGCAAAUGCGGAUUUGGUUUAUUCACGUCGUCGCCUACUUCCACUGCGCAGCUCUGGUUCUUGCAGAUUUAAUCGAAUUAGUCGACGAAAAGGGGCUUGGCCUAGAAUAUCCCUCCCAGGUCCGCGUUCGUCUUGGUGUGGUUCGGUGCUUAAGAGCGGAUAGCACUACAAUCAUCUCAGAUCUCGCACAAGCGUCGGAAUGCCCACCAGCCACUGAUGUUCCCGCUCUGAACUUUGAUCUCGUCAAACGAGCCAUCUUACCGGAGCCUUGGACAAUGAUUCUCAUCAGAGCUUUCACCAAGGUUGCGACGAUCCAACUGGCGGAGAUGGAGGAAGCAAGCUGGAAUAGCCCCGCCUCGCUGAAAACUCCCUCCUUUGUUGACCUGACAAGACGAUGCGAGAAUUGCAUAAAGGCGCUCUACCAUUUAGGAAGUAAAUCGGAUAUGGCGCGAGCCAUCGGUGCAGUUCUUUUAUCAGCAUUACGCCCGCAUUUGGCAGAAGUACCCAAGCUCGAAUGUUACACUGCAGGCUAA